AGUUCAGUUUCAGGGCUGAAUUCGGCCCAGCCCAAGAUUGGAUCAUGCAAGAUGCGCCAUGUCCGGUUAAGGAGCCCACUGGCUAUUAUCGGGAAAAAAAUGAUGAAAAAAGAAUUGCCUGUGAUUCCCACCGGCUAAUUUGGCCUCAAACCUCAGACCCGUCGCCACUAAUAUCAGUUGGUUGCUUCAAUCUCCCUCUGUAUUAGCCAGCAUCAGCAUCAGGAGAAUCUCUUUUGGGACAUUAUCAAACAAAUUGCUUUGUUACAAUACAAUAGAGCGAUGGCACUAGUACCACGGUUUGUACAAUCCUCUCCACUCUACCUUAGUCCAAACUUUAUAUGCCAUCUCAAACCUUCCUUUCUAUUGAGGGAGAACCCUGAAAAGGUCCCUAAAUCUAAUUUCACUAGAAGAAUAGGAGCUAUAGCAACAAUGGCUAAAGUACUAUUAGCAAGGGAAGCAAUUUUCAAUGUAAAAAUUGCAAAUGGAUUUGAUUUCAAAAUGGUAGCUCCUGGUCAGACACUUGAAGAGGCAGAGAGUGGAAUCAGAGGCCACGCGCUAGCUCUGCUACAAGUAAAAGCUCUGAUAGAGUCUGAGGCAUGGAAAGAUAUGCAGAAGGCACUACGAAAGAGCUCCUCAUUACUUAAACAGGAUAUCUACACCAUAAUCCAAAGCAAACCUGGAAGUAUGAGGCCUCAGCUAAGGAAGCUCUAUUCAAAUCUAUUCAAUAACGUGACCAGACUAGAUUAUGCAGCCAGAGACAAUGAUGCAACGCAAGUUUGGGAGUACUAUGAAAAAAUUGCGAUAACCCUUGAUGACAUUUUGUCUAGAAUUUAGUAAUCAGAGUUUUCAGUUUUUCCCCAACUGCUGAAAAAGGAAGCCUCACACAGUUGGUGCCACAAUCACCCGUGGGAUCCCAUUCAUUUAGAAAUGCAGUUGAUGGCUGCAUUCUCAAGUCAGGUCUCGUGCGAAGUUUUGGUUAUGAAAAUGAAAGCUCGGCCGGGGAAGGGAGGAAAAAACUCAGAAAGGUCCUUGUGGGUGAAAGGUGGGUGGCCCAUCAAAUUGCUCGCCGAACCCCUGAUUAUUCUGAUGUUGUCCAGCCAAGUAACGCGAUCAGGUAGGCAGAUAGGCAGAUAGGAUGGAACCUUGCGCUUAUUUUGCAAUUUGAAAAUGUGGAACAUAUACACCAUGUGCUUAAAAUUCUUUUCUUUCUAA